AUGACCAGGACAAGACGUGAGCAGAGUAGCGAGCAGCGAGCGGAUAGGCCCUUGUGUAGGGACAAACUGCGCAAAGGGUUGCGGCUUAAACACAGACAACGGAACCACAAACGUAAUGUUGAGAGAAGAGGAAGCAGUGCGAUCUCUCGCUCUCUCUUCUUCGCCUUCUCUCUCCCUCUGUCUACAUGUAUCCUUUCUGACCUUUCUUGCGGGGUUAUCUUAGGCGGUCUUGACUCCCCCAGUAGAAAUGGCAAUAUACCCGUCUACACGAACAACAACUACCAUACCCAUCAAUAA